AUGCAGAGGGCCGGAGGCGGGGGCACCCCCGGGGGCGGCGGCGGGGGCGGCGGCGGGGGCCCGGGCACUGCCUUCUCCAUCGACUCCCUGAUCGGGCCCCCGCCGCCGCGCUCCGGCCACCUGCUCUACACCGGCUACCCCAUGUUCAUGCCCUACCGGCCCCUCGUGCUGCCGCAGGCGCUGGCCCCCGCGCCGCUGCCCGCCGGCCUCCCGCCCCUCGCCCCGCUAGCCUCCUUUGCCGGCCGCCUGACCAACACCUUCUGCGCCGGGCUGGGCCAGGCCGUGCCCUCGAUGGUGGCGCUGACCACCGCGCUGCCCAGCUUCGCGGAGCCGCCCGACGCCUUCUACGGGCCCUCGGAGCUCGCCGCCGCCGCCGCCGCCGCCACCGCCACCGCCGCCCGAAACAACACCGAGCCGGGCGGCCGACGCCCGGAGGGCGGGCUGGAAGCCGAAGAGCUGCUGCCCGCCCGGGAGAAAGUGGCGGAGCCCCCGCCACCCCCGCCUCCGCACUUCUCAGAGACUUUCCCAAGUCUGCCGGCAGAGGGGAAGGUGUACAGCUCAGAUGAGGAGAAGCUGGAGGCACCCGCGGGAGACCCGGCAGGCAGCGAGCAGGAGGAAGAGGGCUCGGGCGGUGACAGCGAGGACGACGGCUUCCUGGACAGUUCUGCGGGGGGCCCUGGGGCCCUCCUGGGCCCUAAGCCGAAGCUAAAGGGGAGCCUGGGGACUGGAGCUGAGGAGGGGGCCCCGGCGGCGGUGGGAGUCACAGCUCCUGGGGGAAAAAGCCGGCGGCGCCGCACGGCCUUCACCAGUGAGCAGCUUUUGGAGCUGGAGAAGGAGUUUCAUUGCAAGAAAUACCUGAGCUUGACCGAGCGCUCUCAGAUCGCCCACGCCCUCAAGCUCAGUGAGGUGCAGGUCAAGAUCUGGUUUCAGAACCGGCGGGCCAAGUGGAAGCGCAUCAAGGCUGGCAAUGUGAGCAGCCGCUCGGGGGAGCCCGUGAGAAACCCCAAGAUUGUGGUGCCCAUACCUGUGCACGUCAACAGGUUCGCGGUGCGGAGCCAGCACCAGCAGAUGGAGCAGGGCGCCCGGCCCUGA